CGCCCGCUGCCCGCGCUGAGGGUAACAUGUUGGUAUGUUGAGUGCUUCCUCAGAGGAGAACACUGAGCUCUGAAGAACGGAAGACUGUUAAUCUUUAGCUCCUUUUAAGGGCAGAGGUUGAACUUAAAAAGGUAUUUUCAGUAGAACAAUUGUUUAAAAACAGAAGUGCUUAUUUGUGAUUCUCUGAUAUCACGAACUCAUCAAGCACCAUCUCCAGCCUCAUUGGCUGGAGCCUAGCACUUUUGGCUAGGGAGAAGGAGAGCUUUCUUCAACACUGAACUAAACUUGACCUCUGUGUCAUUUUUCACAUAUUACAAAUGCCUAAGAACAGCAAGGUAGUCAAAAGAGACCUAGACGAUGAGGUCAUUGAAUCAGUUAAAGACCUCCUUUCAAAUGAAGACUCCUCAGAUGAGGCAUUUAAGAAGAGUGAACUUAUGGUUGAUGAUCAGGAGGAAAAAGAUGUAGAUGUUGAGGAAGGCUCAGAUGUAGAAGAUGAAAGACCAGCUUGGAACAGCAAACUCCAGUAUAUUCUGGCACAAGUUGGAUUUUCUGUGGGAUUGGGGAAUGUGUGGCGAUUCCCUUAUCUGUGUCAGAAAAAUGGUGGAGGUGCAUAUCUUGUGCCAUACUUAGUUUUGUUACUGGUAAUAGGGAUUCCACUCUUUUUCUUGGAGCUUUCUGUGGGGCAAAGAAUCCGACGAGGGAGUAUUGGUGUGUGGAAUUAUAUCAGCCCCAAGCUUGGAGGAAUUGGAUUUGCAAGCUGUGUAGUGUGUUUCUUCGUUGCCCUGUACUACAAUGUCAUUAUUGGAUGGAGUCUGUUUUACUUUUCUCAGUCCUUUCAGCAUCCAUUACCAUGGGACCAAUGCCCUUUGGUUAAAAAUGCAUCUCACACCUUUGUGGAGCCAGAGUGUGAAAAAAGUUCUGCAACCACUUACUACUGGUACAGAGAAGCCCUGAAUAUUUCCAGCUCUCUCUCAGAGAGUGGAGGUUUAAAUUGGAAGAUGACUAUCUGCUUGCUGGCUGCCUGGGUUAUGGUAUGCCUAGCUAUGAUCAAAGGCAUUCAGUCUUCAGGCAAGAUCAUGUAUUUUAGUUCCCUUUUUCCUUAUGUGGUGCUUUUGUGCUUUCUGAUCAGAGGACUGCUCCUCAAUGGAUCAGUGGAUGGAAUUCGUCACAUGUUCACACCUAAGCUUGAAAUAAUGCUGGAGCCCAAGGUCUGGAGAGAAGCUGCUACUCAGGUGUUCUUUGCCUUAGGGCUUGGAUUUGGUGGAGUCAUUGCCUUUUCAAGCUACAACAAGAGAGACAACAACUGCCAUUUUGAUGCUGUACUGGUGUCCUUCAUCAAUUUUUUCACUUCUGUGCUGGCAACUUUGGUGGUGUUUGCUGUUCUGGGCUUCAAAGCCAAUAUCAUAAAUGAAAAAUGUGUUAUCCAAAAUUCGGAGAAGAUUUUAAAACUUUUGAAAGCAGGCAAUCUUAGCCAGGACAUUAUCCCACAUCAUAUCAAUUUCUCAAGCAUUACGGCAGAAGAUUAUAAUUUAGUUUAUGACAUUAUUCAGAAAGUUAAAGAAGAAGAGUUUGAUUCUCUUGGUCUGAAAUCUUGUCAAAUUGAAGAUGAACUUAACAAGGCUGUUCAAGGGACUGGUUUAGCUUUUAUUGCAUUUACAGAAGCAAUGACCCACUUCCCUGCUUCUCCCUUCUGGUCUGUUAUGUUCUUCCUCAUGUUGGUAAAUCUGGGGCUUGGAAGCAUGUUUGGAACUAUUGAAGGCAUCAUCACACCAAUUGUUGAUACCUUCAAAGUCAGGAAAGAAAUUCUUACAGUCAUCUGCUGCUCGUUAGCAUUUUUUAUUGGCCUCAUCUUUGUACAGCGCUCUGGAAAUUAUUUUGUCACAAUGUUUGAUGAUUACUCAGCUACAUUGCCUCUACUUAUUGUGGUCAUCCUGGAGAAUAUUGCAAUUACCCGAAUAUAUGGAAUAGACAAAUUUAUGGAGGAUUUAAAGGAUAUGCUUGGUUUUUCUCCAAGCCAAUACUAUUACUAUAUGUGGAAGUAUGUUUCUCCUUUGGUAUUAUUACUCUUGCUGGUAGCUAGCAUUGUUCAAAUGGGAUUAAGUCCUCCUGGUUACAAUGCUUGGAUUGAAGAUAUGGCUAUAGAAGAGUUCCACAGCUAUCCAACAUGGGGAAUGAUUAUCUGUAUUUCUCUGAUGGUCUUGGCUGUACUGCCUGUCCCAAUAGUCUUCCUGGUGCGCCGCUGCAACCUUAUCGAUGACAGCUCUGGUAGUUUGGCAGCUGUAUCCUACAAAAGAGGACGGAUAAUAAAGGAGCCUGUUAAUCUGGAGGGAGAUAAUACAAGUCUGAUUCAUGGGAAGAGCCCAAGUGAGGUACCAUCUCCAAAUUUAGGCAAAAACAUAUAUCGAAAACAGACUGGAUCACCUACUCUGGACACUGCUCCAAAUGGACGCUAUGGUAUUGGAUAUCUAAUGGCAGAUAUGCCUGAUAUGCCAGAGUCUGACUUGUAACUGAGAUUAGAGAGAAGAAAAAAAAAAUAAAAUAAAAGCUUUCUGUUUGUUUCUCCUCUAUCACUGAUCAGGGCUCUCCUAAGAGAAGUGGUCAGCUUCACUUCCUAGAGAGAGAUCUCAGGUGCUCUGAAGCAACAGUCUUUAAAAUGCCAUGACAGUACAUAUAGGUUGAGAAAAUUCCCUUUGGAUUAAUUCUCAGUUUUUCAUUUGCACUGAAGGACAUGCAUUCAAAAUCAGUGACAGCCUACAUCUGCCAGCUUAGCCAAUAAUUUUUUUUUUUAAUUUCUUUGUAAAAUCAAAAGCUUACUGUCUCUGAAGUCCAGGUGUCACUCACUCAAUUGAUGUAAUAUUUCUGCAGUAAUAUCACUGCAAAUCUUUUUUUUUCCCUCUCCUUUCACAUUAAUUCCCCAGUAUUAAAAGUGUGCUCUGAAGUACUUCACCAAACCCAUGUUUCCGCACACAUUUGUAUAUAAUACCUUAUGUAGAUAUGCUGUACUUAUUUUGUUAGCACUGAUAUUUACUUAAGCUAUUAGCUAAGUAAAAAACUGCAAACUAUUUUCUUAUGUAAUAGCUGUAUAGAGCAAUAGUACUAGAAAAUCAAGGAGUAGACUUAUGGGAAGGCAAGGAGAGACUCCCUGUUCACUUGGGACUGUAUAAGCUGUGGCUGUAUAUUUUGUGUAAAAUAGUUGCUUUUUUUCAGUGUGAAAACAAUGUAAGAGUGAGUCACUCCAAGAAUCUUAAGGAUUGUGCAGAUUCUGCAUUUUUUCUAUGCUGUGUGCCUAAAAAAGACCUUGAUAUUUAUUGUGGUUACAAGAUUACAUAUA